GAAAGGAAGAGGAAGAAGAAAAAUGGUUGUAUCAGCCGACUGAAGAGUUCUUUAAGACAAUGAACUAGCUGAGUGGCUUUAAGAUUGUUAACACUAAACAGUUUGCUGGGUUUCUUGUGUUAGCUGGUUCUGACACCGGUCCGACAUGGCCCAAUGUGUUCAGUCAGUGCAGGAGUUCGUUCAGGACUCGUUUGUGCCGAUGGUGGCCGUUUUAUGUAGCGAAGAAGCGGAGAGAGUGACCCGAAAAAACAACCUGACUUUCUCUGAGCUGCUUCGGCCUUUCUGCAGACUGACCUCUGAAGGUCACAUUCGUGACCCCAACAACCAACUGCAGCCAGUGAAAAACCUGUGUAUUUCUAUCAAUAACGUGGUGACCAGUCCCAACGCAGCCUCUGCUGCCCUCAGCCCCGCUCAGCGCCGCCUGCUAAAUGAAGUGGUAUUGUCCUGUCAACCACAAGAGGGCAGUGUGCCCAUGAUGGUCACAGCAGGAACCUAUGAGCUCAACUUCACUGCAACCACGCCUUGGUUUGAAUCCUACAGAGAGAACUUCCUACAGUCGAUGCCUGCGUCUGACCACGAGUUCCUCAAUCAUUACCUCGCCUGCCUGCUGGUGGUGUCUUCUAAUGAGACCUCCCCUGUGGACCAGUUCCUCAAGCUUUCCCAAGAGCAGCACAGGAUUCAGCACAGUGGAGACUACACUAACCCCAAGUGGUUUAUUCCCAACACGCUCAAGUACUAUGUGUUACUGCAUGACAUGAGCGAGGGGGAUGAACAGAGGGCAGAUGCGGUUUAUGAGGAUAUGAAGCAGAGGUAUGGUCUUCAGGGAUGUUAUCUGUUGAAAAUGAACUCUCGUAGCUUCUCGGCUGAACAAGAUGAGCAAAUUCCUGACCCCUGGAGUCAGUACCUGCACAGGAAUAACAUGAAGAACCAGGACCUGUAUGAUCAUCUGCCACUGAUUGUGAACAAUGCCACCGAGAACAGUCUGAGUGAAAUUGAGGUGGACGGCCAUCAUUCAGUGAAUAAAGACGGAGUGUCUAUUACGUUGGAUAGCCAUCCUCUCCAGCUGGACACGGCCAACAGUCCAGGGAGCCUGAACACCCUGAGCUUUGUCAAUGCUGACCUCAAGAAAAGUGCAAGAGAUUGUGACCAUGUGACAGGAGUAACAAGCCAUGGGACAUGUCUGACCCUUAAUGACCACGACCACAUCAGACAGUUCAUCCAAGAGUUCACCUUCAGAGGCCUGCUGCCUCACAUAGAGAAGAACAUCAGACAGCUGAAUGACCAGCUGGUCUCGAGGAAGGGUUUGAGUCGUUCUCUCUUCUCUGCGACCAAAAAGUGGUUUGGCGGAGGUAAAGUUCCAGACAAGAGCAUCAGUGAACCCAAGAGCACGUUUGGUCUUCUCUACCCCCCAGAAGCCCCAGAGCUGCAGAUCAGGAAGAUGGCUGACCUGUGCUUCCUUGUUCAGCACUACGAACUGGCCUACAAUUGUUACCACACUGCUAAGAAAGACUUCCUCUCUGACCAGGCCAUGCUGUAUGCUGCAGGGGCAUUGGAAAUGGCUGCAGUGUCGGCUUUUCUUCAGCCUGGAGCUUCCAGGCCAUACCCUGCCCACUACAUGGACACUGCAAUACAGACGUACAGAGAUGUCUGCAAGAACAUGGUGCUAGCAGAGCGCUGUGCUUUACUCAGUGCUGAGAUUCUGAAGAGUCAGAGCAAGUAUUCUGAUGCUGCAACUCUCCUCAUUAAGAUGACCAGCGAGGACUCAGAUCUUCGUAGUGCUCUGUUAUUGGAACAGGCUGCUCACUGCUUUAUUAAUAUGCGUAACCCCAUGGUACGCAAGUUUGCUUUCCAUAUGAUCCUAGCUGGUCAUCGUUUCAGCAAAGCGGGACAGAGGAGGCAUGCACUGAGGUGUUACUGUCAGGCCAUGCAGGUGUACAAGGGGCGGGGCUGGUCUUUGGCCGAGGAUCAUAUCAACUUCACAAUAGGUCGUCAGUCCUUCACGCUUCGCCAACCAGAGCAUGCAGUGUCUGCCUUCAGACAAAUCCUGAUCAACGACAGUCGACAGACGGUCACACAGCAAGAGGCCUUCCUCAGAGAGUACCUCUACGUUUACAAGAGUGUCACAGGGGAAAAUGACGUUGGUCUUUCCCAGCUACCGCUGCCGUUUAUCCACAGUUCAGCCACAAGGGUUUACUUUGGCCAUGAACGACGCCUUGCAGAGGGUGAAAAGCAGGCAGCCACUCACGUGUCACUUGACCAGGAAUAUGACCGCGACUUGGCGGCCAUGUGGUGCCAGCUGGAGGAGCAGGUUGUUGUAUCUGCCAACCAGGCCACCAUCCCAGUGAACUUCCAGCCCACCCAGUGCUGCUUGAACAGCCAAACAGACAACACGCACUACCCACUGGCUGUGAUAGAAGAGCCGAUCAUAGUGGAAGUGACUUUCAGAAACCCUCUGAAGGUUCCUCUGGCUCUGUCCAAUCUCUCACUGCAGUGGAGGUUCACUGCUGAAGGUGUUUCUCCUUCAACAGAGGAGACAAAUGGUGAACUACUGCGAGGGACCGUCACCAAUGAGCAUGAGACACUUGAUCCUGGGAUGACACAGAAAGAUGACAUCAUCACCACUGAUGUUAUCCUACACUUUCAUAUAGGCCCAGAGGAGACCAAAAUGGCUCGACUAAAGUUGUUGCCACACAGGACCGGCCAGCUAAACAUUGUUGGUGUGGUUUAUAACCUGGCAACAGCCUCUUCUGCAGAGACAGCUCCUAGCAAUGAGGGACACCAGACUUUGGACACAGUUGCUGUUCGUGGGAGGCAGGAUCUGGAGAUCCGUGGUCCACGGCUCAACCAAACCAAAGAAGACAAGAUGAUGGUUCGUCAUGGACCUGAUAGACGACUGGAUCCUAUUAUAACCUCUGCCAUGCCCCUGAUGGAGGUCUUCUUCCUGCAGUUUCCCACUGCUCUCCUGUGUGGUGAGAUCAGGAAAGCCUAUGCUGAGUUCUGCAACGUUAGCUGUGUUGUGUUGUGUGGCCUGCGAGUAGCAUCCACGCAUCCAGAUUUCUUCACCUUUGGCAACCAGGCAAUGACGCCCCUCACGCCACUUAGCCCAGCUUCAGCUGAAAACUGCUCUGCCUACAAAACCUUGGCCACUCCCCCUGGGGCACAGUCAGGCUCAACAACAUCUGAGAUGCUGGUUUCACUGGAGGAUUUCAGCAAACCAUCUGGUGUAACGGAAAUUCCUAUUGAGGGUGGUGUUCUACGGCCAGGGGAGUCUAUCCAAUUGCCCCUCUGGCUCAGAGGACCCGACAGAGAGGGAGUCCAUGAAAUCCACUUCCUGUUUUAUUAUGAGAGCGCCAAUAAAAGAGGCAAAAUCAGCCAUCGGGUUUUGCGACACACAGUGUUUAUCUGUGCCAGCCGCUCCCUGAGUGUUCAGGCAUUGGCCUGUCGCAGCAGCAUCCCUCCACACCAGAACCUGGAAGAUGACAGCAACGGUGGAACUCUGGUUUUUAUUGACAUUGAGAAUAUCAAUACGAGUGAGGCUGGGGUGCGUGAGUUCCACAUCGUCCAGGUAUCCAGCUGCAGUCAGCAUUGGCGCCUACACAAAUGCAUCAACCCAGCCAAAGACAAAGACUGUAAACUCACCAGCAGAGAAAGAGCCAAAUUGUGUUUCAGGGCCACGCGAUGCAAACCCCAUCAAGCUACCUCGGACACAGUAAAGAGAUACACGUUUGCAGACCUGAGUCUGGGAAAUGAACGGAUCAUCAGUUCCAUGACACCCUGUGGAGAUUUCUUUUUCCGUUGCUGCCAGAGAAGAUCUGAGCGAAUGGCUGCAGCAUCCAACAGCAAGAGUCAGGUCUCUAUCCCAACUGAAGAUGGUGCUGCUGAUGUCAACAGCAUCAUCAGGAAGUGCAGUGAGCUGGACCUUAACAUAAUUGUUAUCUGGAAGGCGUAUGUGGUUGAGGACAACAAACAGCUGAUUCUAGAAGGCCAGCUGCAUGUGUCACUUCAGACUGUGGGUAAAGAGGCCAGUUCCGUUACUCCCAAAGAGCAGGAAGCUCAGGAAAUGGUUCUGCUCAAGUUUAAGUCAGAGUUGCCUCCUUCAGUCGUCCUGCCAUCUGUGGAACUGUCCCAACUCAUCAAAACCAACCUCCACUACCCUGAAACCUACAACCAUCCAUUUGACCAGAACAGUCUCUGUGUGGUUCCGGUUACUUUGAUUCUGUCCAACUGCUCUAUGGCUGAAGUUGAUGUCAUCAUCGAUUUGCGGCAUAAAAGCACAAGUCCCGAGACUCUGGAACUCCACAGUUUGUUCACCUGGGUGGGCCAGACCCAGUACAAACUGCAGUUGAAGGCUCAGGAAGUUCUCUGUUUGACAUUGCGAGCCUGUUUCCUGCAGGCGGGAGUCUACAACCUCAACACGCCACGAGUAUUUGCCAAGCCAGCCGAGCAGGGCUCCAUGUGUGAGGCCAGCCAGCAGACUGCCGGACCGGCACUCAUCAUCAUCAACAACAACGCGUGAGCCGAGAGCCAGUCUGACAUGAAAACCUGGACUCUGUGGAUACAGUGACCUGCGGCUGCAGCUUGACCUUCACACAUGACCAACUUUUUUUUUUCUUCAUUAUUAAUACUUGAUAUAGGACAGCUGGAAAAACAAUUUUUAUAACAAUUAGUCAGUUGUAUUUAAAAUAAACUUCUUUUUUUCCUGAAGUGGUCAGGCAGUUUGUGGACUUCUAACAGCACAACCUGCUUUCUGUGCCCAACUCCCAUCAUAAGCGUUGGGUCAUCUGUCUUAAAAACACCUGCACUGGUGUUCUGCCUGAUUUUGGACUUUGAUGUGACAACACAUUGUAUCAUCUGAGGGGGCUGCAGUGAGCUACGAAGCGGCUCGACAGAAACCACUGCACCAAACUCAACAUUGGCUGUCAGGGCUUUUGUUAGGGCUGUCGGCAAUUUCAGGUGGACUGGAGUCCACUUUUAGUGUUAUAGAUGACUAUAAUUACUAGAGCUGGGCGAUACAACAAAAUGUUAUCACAGGUUCCUCCUACCAUCGGGACCGAUAACAUGAUUAUCACACCCUACCUUGAAUACCACUUAAUUUAAAGUAUAAACCAUAUAUUAAUCUCAGGAUCAAAUCCUAAAUGAAUGACAGGGAUUUUAUCCAAAAUGAUAAAUAAUUUUAGAAUCUAUGACUUUGUUUUCACUAUACAUUUUCUUUUCUGCAUAACUUUAUAUCAGCGAUGGUGGUCUUCUGUGUUUUUGUUACUUUUAACUUCUAUAUCCAUUCACUUCUUUCUCGAAUCCUAUUUUUCCACAUCUUUCACAGGUAAAUAUGAAGUUGCACUUGUUAAAUAUUUUUUUGUGUUUUUAUGACAGUUUUGUGGCGGAAAUGGCAGAUGUGACUGCUGGGGUUUGACUUGGCGGGGGGGCGUGAUCUGUCUUAUAUUGAUGAUCACACUUUGUGACAUCAUCUGCUUUUCAUUUUUUCCUGCUUCUCAUUUUUUCAAAUGGACACACUACAAAUCUUCGAGGUGGAAUUCGUUUCAUAAACAGAAGACAGGUUGAUGGCAAAUUAAAGAAGCAGAAGAGACAGAAAUCAUUGCUUCCGGUCAGAACUUUGAUAACAGAAAUGGGAUAGAGACGUAGGAGUUGGGCCUUUAGCCUGGAGUUGACGUGACAGGCUUCGUAUUCAGCCCAUCAUAUGCAAAAAUAAUUACAUGGUCAUAUGCACAUAACUAAAUCUGUGAGAAGAUUUGUGAUUCAGAUCACAGAUUGUGAUUCUACCACAAAGGAUUGUCCUUUGAGCUUUUGGCCAGAUCUCCCACUAAUAAUUUGACAGUUUAAGUGUCAGAAAGGGCCCGUUACUGCUAAGUGUUAGCUUGUAUGCUAAUGCUAGUAGUUUGAGAUGUCUGGUUGGACAGUAUUUUUUUUUUCUUCUUCUUUUUCAAAUGCUGAUGAAGAUUGGUGUAAUUCCCACCUUUUUCCCCUUGCUGUUCCUUAGCACCACUUUAAUUAGUUUCUCCGCCAAUAUUUAUUCCAGUCAUUAAUCUUAGCUGUAGUAGCGGCUAAUACAAAAUACAAAUACAAUGAGACACUUUCUUUGUUUCUUGCUCUUUUGGUAAGUCUUUCCACCAUGAGACAUUGUGAGGCUAAAUCCACAUUCUUUAACCAACACAAAUCUAGAAGUUUUUUGUUUUUAAUUAUUGUUAUAUGGGGGGGGGGGGGGGGGCGCAUGAAAUUUGAAUUCAGCAGCUGCAUCACUGAAGUUUAAUAAGGGUAGUAAUUCAUAAAAUGUAUGUGUGACUUGGCAGGUUCGAUGUUAUCGACAUUAAGUCGAUAUCUGCUGAGUCAUCGUGACAUACGACCGCGUUCGUACUUCUUUGCUAACCUUUGGUACAUAAACCAUUUCAAAAUCAGCUGUGGUUGGACUCAUUGCUUUUGUUGACAUUUGAGUCUUUGAUUGUAUUUCAUCCUUUUAUCUCGUGGCUAAUUACGUUAAGGUUUGACCCAAAGUGUGACAUAAGUGUGGGGGGUGUGACAUAAUUAUCAGGUUUUCUGAGCUAUAGUAAUUGUUUUGUCGCCCAGCCCUACAAUUGGCUGUUUCAUUCUUUGUUUUUGAACUCCUGCGGUCUCUAUAAUAAAGUGUAGUAUUGAAAUGUCGAUUGCUGUGACGCUGUAUGACAGGUGUUUUCUUUUUUACGUUCAAUGUUCUCUAAAAGGCUCCUCCGCUGCACGGGUCAGCAUCCGUCUCUCCGCCGGGACAGCUUCCUGACUGAGGUUCUGCACAUUCUUUGUGUGAUUGUUGUUCUGUGUGUAAAUGAGAUCACCACGUGCACGCAAUCGAUCUAAUUAACCGGUUUGCCCCUUAACCUCUGUGUUUGACAUUAUAUUGUGAUCAAGCUCUUGGAUGCAUUUACCUGACAGCUUUUCUGAAAAUUAUGUAUUAUAUGUAUUAUAUUUAUAUAACAAAUUGGUUGUAAAUAUAAAAUAAAAAUCUAACUGAUAUGCACUGUAA